CGAACAGAGACAGAAUACAAGCAUAAAUUUAUAGAGAGAGAGAGAAACAAAAGAGAGAGAGAGGGGAAUUUGAUCGACGGCCGAAGGCCAGAAACCCUAUUUCUCUUUGUCGAUGAGGACUAGGAAUCAGUAUUUCUUAUUUAAUUAAUUUCCUGAUAUUAAUAUUCACUGAUUGUGUUGAAUGUUUUCACACAUUGGUGUUUAUACGCGAAUUUAUUGGUUUAAUUAAUUGAAUAUUUAUAGAGUGGAUUCUCUUGAUACCGUGUGGAAUUUUGUUUUUCCGGCGUUUUGAUUUUGGAAUUAUUAUGUCGGCUGAUUCUCUUAACGAUGAUAACUCGCCACGGUCGAAGGCUACAACAGAUGCCAAUUCCGGCGGCGCCGUAAAUAUUCCAGAGUCACGUAGGGGGAGUCUGACUUCUCCGUGGGCAUCCGUUGUUCGUGGAGAUUCCGAACCUAUCUCGACCCCUGCCGGCACUAUAGUUGCUGCCGAUAUUCCUCAUUCUUCAUUGUCGCCGCAGCCUAUUUCCGCCGCCAUAGAGCUGGAGUCCGCGUCUGAGAAGGUUUCAACGGGGAAUUUGGGCCCGGAGACCAAGCUCGAGAGCUCUGAUACUGACAACGACGGCAAUGCAGGCAGCCCGAAGAGACCCGCUUGGAAAAAGCCCGUAAACGGUGUGGUUGAUCCGGGGUCUAUUAUGGGCGGUGCUGUCUCCUGGCCCGCGCUCUCUGAAUCUGUUCGUCCUGUUCCGAGAUCAUCGGAAUCCUCGAAACCCUUUUCCGACGGGUCACCAUCUUCUUUUCAGAGACGAGCAAAUGGCCAGGCUAAACCAAAUGUUACUGCAAACCAUACAAUGCCGACCAGACAAAGGCCAAUGGGACAUCGAGGCAGAGGUGGUGGUAUGUCUCCUAGGAAUGGACCAUCUCAACCUGGUUUUAGUUCCCUUAUGCCCACAAUGCCACCCCCUGUUCGGCCACCAUACAUUCGAUUUGAGAUGCCUUAUGCGACUGUGGUACCAUCUGUAAUGGAUACUUCUGUUAGAGGCAUGAGGCCAAUGGGUGGAGUCCGAGGCUCUCAAUCACAUACCAGCAUUGACCAUUCUCUGCACAGGAAUAACUCAAGGAGGGAUAAUUUUGGACAACGCGGCCACAGUGAUGGGCCACAUUAUAACAAUCAUGGAGGCAGGCGUGAUCAAGAUCGUAGAGAUGGUCGUCUUCCCCAUCAAUAUAUUCGUCCUCCCACAGGGUUUUUGCCACCACCAACACCCCCUGGCAAUGCCACGCUCAUUAGGCAUCCACCCAUGACCGCUUUUGCAGACUCUGUGGGUUUUGAUAUGGCACCUCAAGCAAUCUACUAUCCAACACUGCCUCUGGGGUCCUUUACGACUAUGCCGCUUGGUCCACCUCCACCACCACCUCCACCACCUAUGCCCACCACUCUGCCCACUUUGAUUAUUCAGCAAAUAGACUACUAUUUCAGUGAUGCUAAUUUGGAAAGAGAUUAUUUUUUGAGGGGAAAAAUGGACGCGGAGGGCUGGGUGUCGAUUUCUUUAAUAGCUACCUUCCGUCGAGUGCAGAAAUUAACCGACAAUAUUCAGAUAAUCUUGGAUUCUUUGAGAGCUUCAUCAGUUGUGGAAGUUCAGGGUGACAAGAUAAGGAAGCGUCAUGAGUGGAAGAAAUGGUUACAAACUCCUAGUCAAGUUGACACUGAUUCUGGCUCAGAAGCAUCAGCUGAAAAGCUCAUGGCUACAUCGUUGCAGAAGGUCUCAUUGAAUGAUGCAUCGACCAAUGUUAAUACCAGUGUUAAGGAUUUGGCUGGCCAAUCCAUGUUGGCUGGCGGAGAGGAUACAAAAGACAUUAGUUCAAUCAACAUAUGACAAAUUAUUCUACAAAGAAAGUUUGCGUCUUAGUUAAGGGAUGGCUGGAGAAGAGUACUUAUCAGAAGUAGGAGAAAUUCAAGAAUUUCAGAGCUUACAUCGACUUUUUAUUACAAUUUAGACGAGUGGUUUGUUUUCCAACUAAUGAUGGACUAGUCGAUUGUGGAUGCCUUUAUGGAGAAAGAUUUUGCGUUGACCAAGAAAAAAAAUACAGCAAUACCUUGCGUUUUGUGUUAUACAUGCCAUGUGCUCUUGCUCAUUUUGAUAAGUUCUCCAAUUUUCAGGGUUUUUUUUUAAAUGACUUUGCUAUAUAUAUGGUGAUAGUACAUGCACAUCAGAAUGUCCAUAAUGUCGUCCACCCCUCUAGAGGAGGAUCCACUUUGAAUAAAAUAUAAUUUAUUCAAAGUGGAUUUCCCUCAAUAUGAGGGGAAUGGACGCAAACAUUAUGUACAAGUAACAUAUUCCAUAUGUAUAUAAGUAUUUUGUAUACAAGACUAUUGUAUUGGGUUUUGUUGCAUUUUAUUAAA